ACAUUCCUCUUCCUACUAGUGUGAGAGGAACAUGCACUCACUCUGUUGAUUUAUAGAGAGAUAGCAAAGAGAAAGGGACACAAAAUGUCAGGAGGACUUUUCUGCUGUCUUUUAGUUCUCUGUAUCUUGGGAGGAGUCAGAUCUCAGUCUCUCAUCUCGUCUACUCUCUCUAGUACCGUCACCUAUUUAGCUGUUAGUAGUAAUGGAGUCUUUGUUAGUACUGCCAAUCAAGUUCACCGGUUCUCGUCUACCCUACAACAGUUAGAGGGCUCUCCUGAUACUCCCGGUGGUACUAUUGAUGGAAUAGCUAGUACACCUGAUGGCGAAUGGUGUGUAGUGUGUACUGAUGAUGGUGGUGUAACGUGUUCUGUUCUUAAUGGAUCUAACCUUCAAGCUCCUGCUAAUAGAACAGUGGAUCUUAACAGUGGUACUGCUACUAGUCUAGUUGUGUUUACUGUAGAUGGUAACAGCUUUUAUACUGGGAGCUUUGUUAAUCCUCGUAUUCUAUAUCAUCAGUAUUGGUUUGCUGGUAGCACACUGUCAAGAGCUACUAAUCCUGCAAAUCAAAUAGCUUCAUUCACUCGUGUAUUUGUGAGUGGUUUCUUUGCAUCAGGAUAUGCUUAUUAUGUUGUGAUUGAUCCUCCACCAAGUGGCAACCAAAAUCGGCUCCGUAUAAUAAGAGUGUGUAAUGACAGUGCAGUUGACAGUGCAACUGAUAGUUUCAACAAUCAAUAUGAACUGACUUUAGGUUGUGAUGGUAAUAAUGCUUUCUUCAAUCCUACUUUACGUGGUGUAUCAGUUAUUAAUGAAGAGACAUUGUUAAUUGCAAUAAGUGCUGAUUCAAACGAUAUAUGUUCAUACAGUCUGUCUCAGAUUAACUCUUUAAUGGAUACUGCUUAUCAGUCAUGUGUAAUUAAUGGUACUGGUAAUAAGAAUAUCGUUUGGCAGAGCUCUGCAUCAUGCUCAGGAGGAUUAACUGGAAGUAUUUGUAGUAUAUCAGAUUCAAGAGGUGCUAAUCCAGCUCCAGCAGUUGGUGUAUCAAACCCUCUCACUUCCACUGGUCUAGUUACUAACAAUACUAUACUGACUGGAUUAACUGCUAUUGUUGGAGUGUCCAUUGAUGAUAAUGAUUUUAUUUAUUUCGCAUUUUCAGUGAAUAGCAAUAAUUACAUCAAUAAGUAUCACUUGGUCAAUAGCACAACCCUUACAUUUGUGUCCGAAGUUACACUGACCUCUUCAAUCACAGUACUAAAGUGGACCCAAGGCUCUGAGUAUGUGUAUGGUAUCAGUGGUUCUAAUGUCAUUGCAUUAAAGAUAGAGGAUUGUUCCAGUGCUACUAGUUGCUCUGAGUGUGUUAGUUUAGGUGAUCCAUUGUGUGGUUGGUGUAUGAUAGAGAACAAGUGUUCACGAAGACCAUUUUGCCAAGACAGUUAUCAAGAAAGACGAUACCUAACACAAGGAGACAGUAAUAAUUGCUUUGAUACAGUAUCUAUUAAUCCAAGUACUUAUGUGAUAGAUACAGAGCAGGAACCUCAUCAGGUUAAUUUAACAUUUUCACCAGCUCCUCCUCCUCCUACAAUUACCGAGGAAGAAUAUUUCUGUGUAUUUAAUGGUAUCAUGAGUCCAUUGGAACUAUCAAUGGGUACUAAUACUGGUAGCUGUUCAGUAGAAGGCAUAGUGUCUCAGGUCACUGGCAUACAACUAGAUACUACUUUUAGUAUAUACAGCAAUAGAACUAAUGUCAAUUUCUAUACAAGACCCAGUAACUAUACUUUUUACAACUGCCCUACAGCAACAGAGUGUAGUGCAUGUCUUCAAAGUGAAACUUGUGGUUGGUGUCAGUUGGAUUUUACAUGUACUGGACAGAACUCAUCAUGUACUACUGGUGAAUGGUUCAAUAUAAAAGAUGGUGGUGAUGCUAGGAGCUUCUGUCCUUUCUUAGAGCCUAAUUCAGUUACAUCUGAUGGUAGAUAUACUCAAGCAGCUAAUGUUGUUAAGAAUUUAACAUUAUCAACUAGCAAUACUGGAUCUCCUCCUGGCCUCACUUAUGAGUGUGUGUAUGGUACCAUUGCUAACCGAACUGCUACUGUUAGCAGUGACAAUAGAGUGACAUGUAUUAAUAAUCCUGGGUUAAUGAUUGGAGGUAGUACUCAAAAUGUCUUGUUAAGUCUCACACAAGUUUUCAAUGGAAAUAGAUAUACAAUAGAGACUAAUGCUCCUACAAAUCUCAAUGUGACCUUGUAUGACUGCCCUUCAUUGGCCCUUGGUUGCUCAUCAUGCUUAGCACAGAGAAUUGGUACUGGAUUUAACUGCAGUUGGUGUACUAGUAAUAACCAAUGUAGAGACAUUAGUGACUGUAGUGAUAGUCCUGUCAUUAGUACAGGAAGCUGUCCUCAACCAAACAUUACUGACUUUAAUCCUAAGACUGGUCCCCCUAGUGGUAGAAUAACCAUCAUUAUUAAUGGAACUAAUUUGGGAACACAACGCUCUGACAUAGAAUCUGUUAUGAUUGGUAGUAGAAACUGUGUUGUUGGUGAAUAUGAAGCAGGAAAAAAGAUAAUGUGUACUAUUGAUCCUGAUGCUAGUGAUAAUAUGGACAGGAAUGAGACUAUUAUGAUAAGAGUAACCAGAUCCAGUGGUAGUGUGACUGUCAAUAGUAUGGAUAUAGCUCAAUUCCAGUUCUUAACACCAGUCAUUCGAUCAGUGAGUCCUACAUUUGGUCCUUUCAGUGGUGGUACUAGAAUAAGAAUACAAGGUACUAACUUUGAUAUUGGUAAUAAAGAAAUGACUAAAGUAAUGCUGAGAGAAUCAUCAUCAAGAAAGAAGAGAAACACAUGUCCUGAUGUUAACUGUGAUAUCACGAGACUUACUAAUACUGAGAUCAACUGUCUUACUGGUAGUAUUAAUGGUAGUGAAUGUACAAGGAAUAUAAUAGUAUCAGUCAAUCAAGCUUUAUUCUCUAAUACUAGUAUCAGUUAUGAAUAUAGACCAGAUCCUACAUUUAAUAGUAUCAGUCCUGUGAUCACGAUACCAGCUGGUGGUAUUAAACUAGUAUUCUCUGGUGAUAACUUAAAUUCAGUUCAGUCUCCUACUAUUACUAUCAAUCAUAGUGGACUGGGUUCUAGUAGUACUGAGCCUUGUGUCUUUAAUGUUAAUGGUACUACACUGACAUGUAAUGCUCCUAACAUUACUAAUGUGGCCAACAGUGACUAUGGGAUGAAUAUUGAGUACAUCCUAAUGUUAGAUGGAGCAGAGUCACCUGAUUACAAUGAUGCAGCUCUGAGACUGACACUGCAACGUAAUCCAAUGUUUACUGGCAUUGAUCCUGAGUCAAGAUCUAUAUCAGUUGAUGACAUUAAUGAUAUUACUAUUAAAGGAAUGAACGUUGAAUCAGUGAGGCCAUCUGAGAUUAACAUUACGUUAAGAGAUAAUUCUGAUGUACAUGUAUGUACUGUUAGAACAAGUUCUAAUACUGAGAUUACUUGUAGACCACCAAAUAAAGAAUCUGGUACCACACUAUCAGUAACAGUUAGAGUAGGAAGGAACCUUGUGUUUCCUCCUAAUGGAACCAGUGGUCCUGAAUGGACACUAACCUAUACCCGUGCCUCAGACCCUGGUAAUGUGCCGCUGAUUGCUGGAGCUUCUGCUGGUGCUGUUCUUGUACUAGUUGCAAUUGUUCUCCUUAUCCUUAUCAUUCCUCUCGUUUACUGCUUGAGGAGACAAGCCAAGCAGCAGGACAUGCGUGUCACUCAUCUUCUCUCGCAAAUGGAGAGUAUGGAGCUGGAUAUGGCUGACCAGUGCAAGCAAGCUUUUGCUGAGUUACAAACUGAUCUAGGGGAACUUGUAGCUGAAGAUAGCUUAGAUAUGCAACAACUUCCUUUCCAUGACUUUCCAACCUAUGCCACUAAAGUUUUCUUUCCUGCAGCUAACACUAACCAUCCUGUCCUCUCUCCCCCAAAGGUGCCCCAUGGCAUGACACACGACUCAAUGUGUGUAUUACUGGACGAGUUUAGGGAGCUGGUAUUCGACAAGAAGUUUCUGGUAGCAUUUAUAAGGACACUUGAGUCCCGACCCAAGUUUAAUCUACAGGAUAAGAGUACAAUGGCUUCGCUAUUGAUGGUUGCUUGUUUAAAGGAUAUUUCCUAUUCUACCGAGGUACUUGAAGCUUUGUUGGGUAACCUGAUUCGUCGGAGUCUCUCCAAUACUAAGAACCAUCCCAAACUAUUGUUAAGAAGAACAGAGUCGGUUGCAGAGAAGCUGCUGACCAAUUGGUUCUGUGUCACGCUCUACCCGUACAUGCUAGAGUGUGCCGGUGCCCCACUGUUUGUUCUAUUUAAAGCAGUGAAGGCCCAACUGGAGAAGGGGCCAAUUGAUGUUAUUACUGGCGACGCCAGGAACUCACUCUCCGAGGAGAAGCUACUCCGGCAGCCACUCGAUUUCAAGGUAAUGGAGUGUGAAGUAGAGAUGGGGAAUUCACAUACGCUGCUGAGGCAUACAAGGAAAGAGGAUGCUGGCGUUGAGCCAGAUCCAUCUAAUGCUGAUGACAUACAGACCAUCAAAGUAAUGGACACUGAUAGCGUGAGUCAAACGAAAGAGAAGCUACUCGAUUUCAUUUAUGGGAACCGCCCAGUCUCAAAGCGUCCUUCAAUAGCUGAAGUUGAAUUAGAGUUGUGUAGAGGUAAUGCUGGAAUACCUCUCAAAGAUCAGGACACUACUAGCAGGAGAGAAGGAGAGUGGAUGAGGAUCAAUACGCUAGGUCACUUCAAUAUCCUUGAAAUGGCUGAAGCUGCCAUAGCCGAUCCUAAGAAGCCAAUUCCUCGUUUUAGACUUACAGCACGGAAUCAGACACUUAGUCCUGGUAGACCAGUUAGCGGAGCAGUUGGCUACGAUGUUCCUGGUACUAUAGUAGCGAGUGCUUCUAUUACAUCUCAGACGUCAUUGCUAGCUUCAGUUAAUUCGCCCUCAUUUGAUACCAACACGAGAUUAUUUCAUUUGGUUAAACCGGAGGCCAACGAAGGAGAUCAAAAGAUUGUUUCUGAAGUGUUCCUUACUCGAUUGCUAUCAACUAAACGUAUUAUCCAGUCUUACGUUGAUGAUCUGUUCCAUGCUAUAUUCUCCGUUCCUGCUGGUAAAUCACUGCCUAGAGCUAUCAAGAUAGUCUUUGAUUUCUUGGACGCACAGGCUGCAGAGAAUGGGAUUACUGAUCCUGAGAUACUCCACACUUGGAAAACUAACACUCUACCCUUAAGGUUCUGGGUUAAUCUAAUUAAGAAUCCAGACUUUGUUUUUGACAUUAACAAGUCUGCAACAAUAGAUGCUUGUUUCACUGUCAUAGCUCAAGCCUAUAUUGAUGCUUGCUCUACUGCUGAAGUUCGCUACACUAAGGACACCCCUUCAGCCAGACUCCUCUAUGCCAAUGAAGUUAAGCAAUACAAGGAGGAGGUUUUACAGUAUUACCGUGACAUCAUGGCCCAACCUCAACCAACAGCUGAAGAUAAUAAGAGUUACUUUCAAGAAAUGGCUGAGAAUUACUUCCAAAGCUUUGAAUCAAAGGAAGGACUGCACUUCCACUCUGACAGUGCACUCUUAGAGAUAUACCGAUAUGCUAUUCAGUAUGGCGACGAUAUCAUGGAGACUUUGACUGAAGAAAGACUCACUCUUAUGGGGGCUCAGUUUAACAGUCUGAGACAGAAAUACAAUGUGAACUCGUCUGCUAUGUGAAGUGGAGGAUUGCUAUUAGCUUUAAUUACAUAUAUUCAUGUUCUUAGGUGUAAAUGCAUUGAUUGACAAAGAAUAAUUACUAGUCUUUUUGUCUGUGUUGUUUUUUGUAUCGAGAGUCUUGAUAAAUGUAUUGACUUUGUGUGUCUGUUGUGCAUAAACUUUUGUUAGUAUGUCUAUUCCUUUUUUUUGCUGUGGUUGAUUUUUGUUUUUAUCCAGUAAUUAUUGUAAGCAGUAA